AUGGCAUCGACGUCUUCGCAGAAGACGUCAGAAGACGUGGAAGAUACUGAGGAGGAUCUGAAAAAGUUAGUGUCUGAAAAUAAAGAAGAGGAAGAAGUUGGAGAAUGUAGUUCAGAAGAAGGUUCCAGGAAAAAUUCUUGA